AUGGCCAUUCAACCCAACCGACGGAAGAGGAAGCACGAGCAGGCGGACGCAGAGCAGCAGGAUGAGGGUGAAGUGGAGGUGCCCAAGAAACUGGCCAAGGAAUCCGACACGCCAAAGAAAAAGAAAAAGGUGAAUAAAACAGAAGGAUUAUUGGAUGAAACCACGCCGGAAACAAAUGGAACCGAGUCUGCAGACACCACUCCCUCAAAGAAAAAAGAAAGGAAACCCAGAAAACCGAAAACCCCCGAGGAAAAUGAGGAGCAACAGGUGGAAGCGGAGGCGGGCGAAUCUCCCUCCAAGAAGCACAAGAAACGUGGUGAUACACAGCCCGAUGAGGAUGAAAUAAGUCCAGAUUCCGGCAUAGAACCGGAGGAAACCAACAUACGCUUUCCCAACGACUUCAAGAUGAUGCACUUCCGCACCAAGCUGCGCAGCAAUAACUUUAUAACAGAAGUGCGGCACUUCCUGUUCAUGUGCUCCACCAGUCGACCCAAACUGGCGGCCAAGUACAUCGAGAAGCGUGGAAAGCCCUUGGAACUCGCGGAGGCCUUCGAGAGGAUCGACAAGAGCAACCUUCUGCAUGUCGACUACCUCACAGAGGCACUGCAGCGCGUUGUGAUGGAAAUACUCACAAACCAGAAGAACCACCUGGAAUCGGCGGUACAUGGCUGUCGCUACUUCCUCAAGGUUCACGGCGGAGUACUCGAGAAUCUGCUGCAGUCGGCGCGGCCCAGCCAUCGGCGCAAUGCCCUCAAACUGCUGACGGCCAUCGUUUGCGUGGAGCCCCAAUUGGGACGCCAGGUUCUAAACUCCUACGACGUGCUCUCCAACGUGACUGUGAUGCAGCAGAUGCUGUCGCAUGCCAAGAACGAUUACCAAAACGAGGACACGGUGCGCAAGGCGUACAUACACUUUAUUCUGGCCUUCCUGGUCGAUGGCAACACACUGCUCAUCCGGAACAUCCUGGACCGGGGUCAAUUGAUCGGCGUGCUGGCCAAGGGAUUGGUCCACGAUGACCAUGUAACCGUCUGCGUGGUGGUGAACGCUUUGAGGCAAUAUGUGCUGGAGAACCCCGACAUACAAAAGACAAAGAAGGUGCUGGUUUUCGAUUUGGAGUGCUGCAAGAGCCUGCGGCGACUCUACGACUGGGAGGGACCCAAAGGCCUGCCCACGUUUUUCGAUACUAAAAAGAAGAAGGAGCGAAAGCCUCCGAAUCCGCAGGAAGCGGAAGCAGUUUCCGCUGCAGUCCACGAACUGCUGCUGGUCCUCUUGACCUCUCGCAAGCACGGCGUCUGCUUCGAUGCCAUGACCCACUAUCGCCAGAAGCAGAACAAACUGCAGGGCAGGCUUUUGGGCUCCCUGUACAAACCCUUCGACAAUCCGCGCAAAACCGAUUUGGUCAUUCAAACACUGACUGCCUGUCCGGAUUUGGGUCGCAAUACUGUGAGGAAUUUCUCGCUCCUGCUCAGUCCGGCGAGGACUAGAAUGGAGGAUGUGUCCAAGGCUGCGAUUUUCCUGUCCCAAGUCAUCGAUGCAGUUCCGCCGAGUGCUCUGGGCACAGCUUUCGAUAAGAUGACUCUAACGGACUUUGGAUUUUGGAUCAAGCAGCUGUGCCUGCCCAUCGAAGCCUUGCUGCACAUCACCGGUAAGAAAUAUCUGAGCGAUGGUGACUUCCAUUUGAGAAUGGCCGUGCAGCGCCUGCUUCUGUCCAUGAUGAAACAGUACAGCAACUAUGUGCAUGCCAUCGCCGUACGGGAGCAGUCAAAAAAGGCCGGCAACUCACUGCGUAAAUUCAAGUUCGAUUUACUCAAUCACCUGCUGGUCCACUUUCCCACGGUCGAGUCCAUUCUAUACUCGCUGUUCCUGUCCAUCAAACAGAAGAGUGUAGAGGGUGUCAAUGUGCUGGAGUGCCUUUCGGUCACUUUGGACCUGGUGCUGCUGAUGUGCAAGGAGAAUCGGGCUUUUGUGAACAAGACCAGUCAAAUUCUGGACUAUUUGGAAGUCUUGCGACCACUCUAUCAGACCGAUUUUGAUAACCUGAAUGAACCGCAGGAGCUGGAAAAGAUUCAACUGGAGCUAAAGUCGAUUAAAACCAUUCUUUUGCUCUUUCCGCGAUCUUUAAACCCUCAGGAAUUGCUUUUUGGCAAGGUCUUCCAAUCGUUCAUAAAAGCCUACACUCUGGAGGAUGUGUCAAUUAAGUCAGAGGCGGGAAACAUAUUGCACCGCUUGUUCCACAACACGGGAUUGUUUGACUCGUGCAGCCAUGAGAUCAACAUUUGGCUAGAGGCUCUAAUCGGAUUCGAUGCGGAAACAGUGACCAAUGUGGUGGAAAUCCUGCUGACGAUCCUUCAGUUGGAUUGGAGAAACAUUAAGCUUCCUAAGCUCAGUGUUGCUGAAACAGCCAUUAACACGAAGAACCUAAGCAAACUGUUUGCCCAAAUCGAGCAGGGCCAAACGGUGCAGGCUUAUGUGGAAAAUGUAACGCUGAGCAAUAUGAUGCCGCUGCUACUGCAGGGUGUGGAUUUGGAGGAACCCUACGACGCCUACGUGGAGCUGGUAUUCAUCUUACUUUUCCACUACCACAGCAAACCGGAGCAGGUGCUGCAUCUGUACGAGAGUAGCCUAGAAAAGCACAGUGACUAUAUGAGGAGCUGGCUGACUGGCAGCGGUAAGGAAAAAGCGAAGAAACUACCUUCCCUUUUAGCCGACAAGUGGCCCCUGCUGAAGCAGAUGAGGAAAGCCAUCACCGAUGGGGAUUCCCAGCCCUUCGAGCAGGUAUUUAAAGUGGAGCUGCCGGACAAGAACUUCGAGCUGCAGCUGGGCGAAGGCCAGACCAUGUUGGUGCACCUCAGCCUCGGCAAUCCGCGUCGCAACAUGAUCUACGUCCAGGAUCUCCUUUUCGUCUUCAGCCAUCUUUUCACCACUCAGCGAUUGAGCAGAGUUCAAGCCGAGCUAACGGCGGAAUAUCUAAUCAAGUUCCUGCAAAUCGCCAAUCAGGUGGACGAUGGCAAGGAAGCGGUUCAGGAGGAGGAUGAUCAGCAGCAGCAGGACGAAACGCACACGCAGAGUCUGCUGCACUACAUCUUCAACAUCCGCCUGUGGGAGUUGCAUCCCACAGAAAUGCUCAGUGAGACGAGCGAGUCCCGCUUAAACUAUGUCAUAUUCCUCAGGAAACUGACUGAACAUUGUCGCAGUUUGCCACGAUUUGAGACUUACACUGCCAACUACCGAAUACACUUGAUCAAGACCUUGGACAUUGCUUUGGAUGCACAAGUGGAUCAAUUGAAGCAUCAACAGCAACUCGACGAGUUCGUGGCACUGGUGGAUUCAUUCGAGUUGACCUCCAGCGAAUGCGCUCAGAUGCUCGACUUACUUACAACCAAAGUGCAGGCAAAGGACUUUAUUCCGAGCGGUAAACCCAAUCACUACUUUGACCUACUACUGCGUCUGCUGGGUCGUCUGACCACGCUAAAGGAGCCCAUCGACUGCAGGAAGUCAUUUAAGGUGCUGCUGAUUUUCUACAAGGAUUUCUGCGAACUGAGUGAACAGCAGGUGGAACCUUUGGAGGCUGCUCUCUUGCAGCUAUUGACUACCUACCAUCAUCACCUGGAAGAGUGCGAUAGCGACUUCUUUGCCUGUUUCUUUACAUCCUCCCGAAAGCUGAGCAAAUCCGCCAUCCGUUUGGCCAGCUUGCUGCUCGAACGUCAGCCGAGGUUAGCUGAGAAAUUCGCCGAACUGCUGCCCAGCAACUUAGAGCAGAAGGAGCUGGUUUAUCCCCUGCUAGACAUUGCCCUGACCAAGAACUACCAAAUACCUCAAGCAGUGCUUCAACGUUGCUAUCAGACCUACAAGAAUGGCUUCAUGAAGAGCAUCGAGAAGCCGCAGAAGGCGGCUUUAAUCUAUCGAGAGCAUGCGGGAGCUAGUGCCCUGCUUAUUGCCCUUUGCAUGCCCAAGUCUGAGUGCUUGGAUUACUGCCAGAAACAGCUUAAACUUGACGCCAUGGAGCUCUUCCAGGUGCGAGUCCUUCGGGAGAUCUACUGGCAGGCAUUUUCUGCCGCCAAGGAUGAUAAGCAAAAAGCCACCGUCUUUGUAAACUACAUAAACCUAAAUGUUCAACUAUUAACGUUGGAUUUGAAGAAGCAGUCUUUGGAUCUGACCAAGCUGGAGCAAAUUUCCUGGAACUGUUUCGAGUGGUGGAAAGUGAAUCACAACAAGGAUCUACCUCUCGACUGGAGUCGCUUGCUGAACAACCCGCAGUGGCUGAACUUUUGCAAGAGCUGCUUGAAAUUGGCCCUGCAUCUCGGCGAGGAACGAUCUCCCCUUCAGGAUGAAAGCAAUGGCCUAGUGCUCAAGCUGAUGGCCUUUCUGUGUGAUGGAAUGUACGAGGAUUACAAGGAGGACGCGCAGCAGGAGGAUCCCACGCCUGCACUUCUAUACGAAAUGAUUUGCACGCAUUCCUGCUGCUUUGAUCAUUUACUGGGCGCCACAAGUGCAACCAAAACACAUAUUUUACAGCUCAUGGAGGCGCUGGCCAGAAAGGCACCCAGUGCCCUGCAAUCCGCCCAUGUGCCCGUAAUUCUGGGCUCCUAUCAUGCCAAACUGUCGCCGGCGGAUCGUUAUGGAUUGGCCCUGCUGGAGCACUACGAACGCUUCGACGUGGGAUUGGAUAAAUUCCGACCUUUCAUUUGGGGCGAAAGUGCUGUGGCCCAUUACGCUUUGAGAGCUGCGGACGAGGAUGAGCGAGCGAGGCUGCAGCAGCAGGAGACGAACGUGGCCCAGGUGCUGGCCCUGAUUGUGCGCGAGACCAGCGAGUACACCAUUGAGAAUUUCCCGAUUUGGAGGAGCCUGCAUGCCAGCCAACAGCUGCCAGCCGUAGAGUUUCAAAAUCCUGCAAAGAAAUCCCAAAAUUUCGGUGACAAUCUAUUAGAGCAAAUGGUUGAGCAGGGCCAGGAGGAUUUCCCGCAGGAACUGCGACGCAUCUGCCCGAAGCGCGAGAAAGUCUACGAGACCUGCUACGAUCCCGCCUUUCUGCUGCCCCUGAUGAUGCACUGCUUCGCCCCGGAGUCAGUGGUCUGGGCCCGCUGGCCAGUGCAGAAUGGUCUGCUUGCCGUAACCUUUUGUGGACUCUCCUCGCUGGACAAGGACAUGCGACUGGCGGCGGCCAGUUGCCAGCAACGCUAUCGCAGCCACUUUGAGCUCUCCAAGUUCUACGAGCGUCCGCUGUGGACGCAGGCCUACGAGAACAUUCAGGCCGGACUGAGCGAGCUGAGAAACUCGUGGCUGGCGCAGAGGAGAACGCAUGGCGGAACGCCUAGGGUUCCCCUGAUCCCCGCCCUCUUCAUCGCCCACAGCUUUAAUCUCAGCACCGAGCCAACGCAUCUGCUGUACAAGCGACUCAUGAUGUAUCUGCGGCUGAAGCAGAGCUUCAACUUUCAGACGAUACCCGACUUCAAUGUGUUCUUCUACUCGCAGGAACCGGAGCACCAGCAGUACCGCGAGUUCAUCGUGGAGCUACUGAGGUGCGGCAUCAAGUGCAGCGCCGAUCUCUUCCUGCUGGUGUCCACCAAUACGUUCAAGGUGCUGCUCGGAUUCUACGGCUCCAGUUUGGCCACUCUGGAAACGAACCUGCUGCUGCUGUCGGUGCUCUCUACUUGCGUUAAGAUACCCGGAGCCGUGAAGAUCAUGCUGGAACACGUAGGCAUCCUAUCCUGGCUGGUCGGCGUCAUUCGCGACACGGAGUUCCAUCAGUUCGACAUCAUCGAGGGCGUCAUCAGCAUCGUCAACAAUCUGUGGUAUUCCCUGGCCGCCUCCCGUUCGGAGCUGCCGGACUACGAGCACAUCCAGUUGCGAGUCCAUCGCCUGGUGCUGCAACUACUGCCGCUGCUCUCGCCAAGGAUUUCGGUUCCCGGCCUCGGUCGUCUGCUCAACGUUCUGUGGAAGAGUGGCUCGGCCAGUGGCCAGCAUCGUGCCUUGUCCGCCGCCCAGCUGGAUGUCCUGUUCGAGUGCAUCUCCCGUCAUUGGCCGGAUCAGCUGGCGGGAGUGCGCUACGUGCGGAGCUUUGGCGGCUCUGGCGCCUGCUCGCGUUCCGAGUACUGCGACUGGCUGGCCAAGGAUCAGCAGCUCGAGACGCCCGCCGUCCUCGCGUUGUCCAGUCUGCGCGAGUACGUCAUGGACUGGGCGCUGGCCCACAAGGAAACCAAGCCGCUGGCGGAAGCAACCGAGUAGGAAUUUUUAAUGUUUUGCUCUAGGUUAAGCUAUUGAAAUGUGUUUACCGAAUAGGCAACGAGAGUCUUCGAUAUAUUAAAUUGUAUGCAAUGAAAAAAUGA